GGGCAGAGGGUCCGCUUUCGAUUCUCGGAGGAGCCGGGCCCGGGAUCCGAGGGGGCCGUGCUGGAGGUCCACGUUCCGCAGUAUAAUAUGUGAUCAGGGAGAGCUACAUCCCCAGUCUAAGAAUGGUCCCUCAUACUCAGACGCUAGAAGUGCUCGUUGAAUGAAGAGUGCCAUCAAGAGUGCUUAUCACAUUGCAUUGUGGUUUUACCUCCCCAAAGGUCGGGGACUGAUCCUGCAUCUCCAGUAUGGAAUGUAUGUUUGGCCCUGUGCUGUGGUCCUGGCCCAGUACCUUUGGUUUCACAGAAGAUCUCUGCCAGGCAAGGCCAUCUUAGAGAUUGGAGCUGGAGUGAGCCUUCCAGGAAUUUUGGCUGCAAAAUGUGGUGCAGAAGUAAUACUAUCAGACAGCUCAGAACUGCCUCACUGUCUAGAAGUCUGUCGGCAAAGCUGCCAAAUGAAUAACCUGCCCCAGCUGCAAGUGGUAGGACUAACAUGGGGUCACGUAUCUUGGGAUCUUCUGGCUCUACCACCACAAGAUAUUAUCCUUGCAUCUGAUGUGUUCUUUGAACCAGAAGAUUUUGAAGACAUUUUAACUACAAUAUACUUUUUGAUGCAGAAGAACCCCAAGGUCCAAUUGUGGUCUACUUACCAAGUUAGAAGUGCUGACUGGUCACUUGAAGCUUUGCUCUACAAAUGGGAUAUGAAAUGUGUCCAUAUUCCUCUGGAGUCUUUUGAUGCAGACAAAGAAGAUAUAGCAGAAUCUGCCCUUCCAGGAAGACAUACAGUUGAAAUGCUGGUCAUUUCGUUUGCAAAGGACAGUCUCUGAAUACCUUACAAGCUGUUCUGGGAGGGUAUUAAUACUGAUGAGCAACCUGGCACACAGACUAGGUUCAGACCGCUUCAGCUUGAGAAUGCAGUGGGUCUGAAGGUGGUCAAGUCUGUUGGCCUUAGAUUUGUGUCACCUAGACAACACAUUAACUCAUAUGAAACAAAAAUUAAAAUACUUAUUAGAAGUACUUGGAUUGUUCCUUAAUCAUUAAAUAGGAUAUAAAUUAGGUUGAUAAAGGGGUAUCACAAUCGCAAGCAAAGUGCCACCUUGAUUUCAGGUGUUCAGCUAGCAUUUCCACUUUAACUUAGGAAAUGAUAGGCACUAACAUUCCACUUCCAUACUAUGCAGUCAGCAAUAAUCACAGAACAAUUGCAUAGGUCUUUCAAAUAAAUGGGGGAGAAAAAACCAAGACAUAUUCUGAGAAAAGCUAACACCAAGAAAAUGUUUUAAUUAAACUACAGAAACAAUGGUUAUAGUACAGAAUAUUCAUAAGCAAAAAGAUACACCAUGUUGUACACCAUGUUGUAAGUACUUACAAAGUUACAACCAUUUUCUUAACAUUUUCCAUGUUAAGUUCAUACAUAUAGAUAUGACCAUUUUUGGGGGGAGGAGAAAAAAAGGUGUAUUUAUCAUCAGCUAGAUGUGCUCACUGUAUGCUCCGUUAUUUAUAUGCAAGGCCCGGGUGACUGGAAGUGCAGUUGUCAGGCAUUUUAAUAAACUGGACAGCCAUUUGUUUCUGCACGACAAGGCAUCUUUACACAGGAGCAAUCAGGAGAAAACAGGAAACAGCCAAGCACUCUGCACUGCAACACGCCACCUUAACAGCUAACCAGCAUUACUCAACUGCUACACAACUGCGCCUAGUGCACAAAAAUACAUAAGAGAAGAGAUUAGAAUUGUGUUUGAUAAACAAUUGUUUCAAAAAAUCAAGUCUUUUCACCUGAAAAGUCUUUAUACAAAUUUGGGUUCAGAUUACCAUUUAGAUCUGAAGUAAAUAACAUAUACAAAUUUACACCAACUUUUGUAGGUUUUUAAUUUUAAGGAAUGAAGGCAAUGCUGAGUCAAUCUCUUGACAGCUUUAGGCUGUGUGUAAUGGCUGCACACGUUUCCUUAAAAGUCAGGAGGCCACAAAUUAGGUUACCAAUCUGUUCAAUUUCAAACAAAAAAAGUCAGCACUAUAUAACAAAAUGAAAUUUUACCUCAAAUAUCCAAAUCCAAUAAUGAAAUCUGAAGUCGUUCACCUCACUAAAUUACAAGAAAUUUGAAUAACAGCAACAAAAUGGCACAUAAAAUGAAGUUUGCCAACUGAGGCAAAGCUUAAACAAGUAAAAAGUUAGACAAAUGUUACAAAAUAACCUUUUCAAUAGCCAGUUGCUUGUUCCAAGGACUCUUCUUAGAUGGACUGAGUAUGUGGUCCUUUUCCCCCAAGUACUCCAUUUAUACUGCUUGCCGAUACAUCUAGGUUUGAAAAGAAAGAAGUUCAGCUUACCUUCCAUUAAAGUGCACAUGGUUUCAGUUUCAGGCAUGUACUUACUAAGGCUCUGGUGAAACGAGUAGGGUACAGAAAUGUUCCACCCAGCCAUGUUUUUUAAAGGCCCAAGUAGGAAAUUUCACAAAGGCUACCACCAUGUACAAGUUUGAAUUUACGUAUUCCUGGCCAAAUAACCAAGGUGAAGAAUGGUAAGGGGGAG